AUGGCUGUCACCGCUCCCAUCGUCGCUCCCAACCAUGACGACCCCAAGAAGAUGGUCAUGGGCGACAAGCCCAAGCCCAAGCCUCUCCUUCAAGUACAAGCUCCUCUGAGCUGGCAAAAGAGCGUUCUCGCAACUCUCGACACUGGCUUCUCGCCUGUGGACACCAGCAAGCUCAAGAGUCCUUUGAGGGCAUUCAACAUUAACAUGAUCUCCGACCUUGAGAUCGGUUCCCCAAUUGACUCCUCCGAAGUCGAGAUCCAGAGUCCUCUGAGAGCUUUCAGCAUCAACUUGGCAUCCGACGACGCCGUCCCCGGCUCUCCAAUCAACCCAUCCGACCUGAAGAGCCCUCUGCGAGCCGUUAGCAUCACAACGGGCCCCGCACUAUCACUCGACGCCGCCUCAAGCCAAGAUAACUUCAUUGUUGCAAAUGAUGAGAAGAUCAGGCUCCAGAGCCCUGCUGAUAUCCCCACACCUCCUCCCGAGGCGUCCUCCGAGACCGAGAUUGCCCACAAGAUCAUGGACAUCUUCCAGUCUUACGGCAGACACAUCCUUCCCGAGGGUGAGACUGAGCACACCUGGAUUGGACGCAAGAUGUUCCUUCCCCGUGUUGAGCAGUACAUCCGUGACAAUGUUCCCAUCAAGAUGAUCAUCCCUUCUUUCCCAUGGAAGAGCAUCAACCGUGUGGACAAGGUCAUUGGUGUUCUACCUGAUCUCGGUGAAGAUCUUGCGCUUGCUAGACUUAAUGCCCUCUGCGUUGACAUCGGCAAGGUGUACCAGGGUGGCGCCGAGGUCCACAUUGCCACCGACGGUCUCGUGUUCAACGACGUCGUCGGUAUCUCAGACGAUGAGACCUGGGAGUACGGCUCCACUCUGAUGGACAUGGCCGCUAAGAAGGGCUACAAGGGCAUCAAGCUCCUCCGUGUCAUGGACUUCCUGGGCAUGACCGACGGCCUCGGCCCCAUGACCAAGGAGCAGUACAUGACCCAAGUCGACGAGGCCCGCAAGCAGCUCGAGUCCCAAUUCGGCAAUGCCCUCGAGGAAGUCCGCAAGAUGAUCGACACUGACAACGAUACCCUUAUGACCUACCGCGGCUUCAUCCGCUUCCUCGAGGUCGACCUCCGCAACAGCCCCGUCGCCGCACACGCCACCUCCGGCCACAAGUACCGCAAGGUCGUCAAGGAGGUCGCCAUGAAGAUGAUGAUGCGCGCAGAGUCCUUCACCAAGAUCAUCCUCGCCACCUGCCCCGACUACGUCCGUCUCUCCAUCCACCCUUCCAGCGGUGCCGUCAAGCUGUCUAUGCCGCUCCUUGUCGAGAAGCACAACCCGGAGGGCUUCCCUCGCACUCCCUGGCACAGCUGCAUUGCCGUCUCUCUUGACGGUGGAUACCGUUCCCUGCACGCUCGCGAUGUUCGGGACACGCACGACCUGGUCAUGAGGAACGGCCAGCCCUGGUGCUUCCGCGAGAAGUCUGAGCUGUUUGACCUCGGCGAUAAUGUUGAGAUCGAGCACAUGUACCCUUGCGGUAUUGAAGUUCGCCCUAAGGAUGGUGCAUCAGGUGCCAGCCUCGGUGAGGCAGCCAAGGAGAAGUUGACGAAGCUUGCUAAGCUCCAGCCCGUUAAGGCUGUUGGCUUCGCCGAUGCUUCUACCUUCUAA